GAAGCAGGGAGCGUCGAGCGCCCCGGCAAAGUAGGCUGCUUGCUGCCGCCGCUGCGAGUGGUACGCACGCACGCCUUCUCUCGCUGCCUGACCGGCGCCUUUCGACCGGCUUGCGAGUCUGACGGCGAGCCGCCGCGCGGCACACGGCGUCGCGCGCUUUUUCGGCCGUAGCACAACGACCGCUUCUUCUCACUUCACCCGAGAAAGAAAGAAAGAAGGAGGUGCUGCGCCGCGCGUUACACCUGGACCCGCGCCACGCGUGCAGUCCGUCUCGCCCGGCGCGUCAGGCACUGCGCACACCCCCGCCGGACCUUUCUGUCGUUCGACACGCGCUCGGCGACGGCGCCUCCAGCCAGCGUGGCCUACGGUAGAGGUGCGUGGUGACCGCCUUGCACCGGAGCCCCCGGCUGACAAAGCUGCGGCGACGCGGAACGACGGACGCAACUUCUCGAGAUCCCCCUUCGCGUGUUUCUCCGUGCGCAAAAGGCUCGCCGAAGGGCGUGUGAUCACCUCGAACCUUUCGUUGUAUUCCCUCGGGGGCGGACCACGGAUCGCGGCAGAGUGCGUGAAUAGGUGAGCGCGAGUGGUACACUAUCCGUGUGACGGUGACUAUCUGCGUCUCGCGAUAUUUGUGAACAUUUGACUGAACGUCGGGGUGCGUGCGCUGCUUAUCGCCAUCGUGCGAUAACUCCGGAGACUCUUUACACAGUUUCGCCUAACCAGCGUGGGAAUUGCAAGAAGCGCGCAACGCCCACUGCAGGGUUCUCGACUUCAAGCGGAACUCGGCACGGGCGUCAAGUUUCCACGUGAAGCUACAUCUUACGCCCGCGACUGCACAGCGUGCAAACACCGUCCAGCCCGGUUCCAGCCCUCGUUCUCGCCUGCUUGAAUCUUUGUGGCACAUCUGCCCUAUACCGUUCCCGGAAAGACCGCCAGAAAGCAACGUCCCGUACGUGGAGGCCCCACGCGAUGGAGUGUCGCUGCUUGUCAUGCGGCCACCGAUGACGUGAGGCGACCGCGACGAGGCUGACGCGUGCGUUCGGGACAGCGAUGGCGUCGUCGCCGCGACGAGCACGGUGGCCGCUGCUGCGGCUGCUCUCCCUCUGCGUCGGCGCCCUGCUGCUACCGGCCCGGCCGAGCAGGGCCUUCGACUGGGGUUCAUGCAACCAAACGCUGGGCAUGACCAGCGGCGAAAUCAAGGACGAAGACAUCUCGGCCAGCUCCACUCACAAUGCCGCCAGUGUUGGACCGCAGUUCGCCAGGCUUCUUCGGGAACUGAACGGCGGCGCCUGGUGUCCGGCGCCGCAGAUCUCUCCGCAGACGCACGAGUACCUGGAGGUGAACCUCCGGUCGGUGCACGUGCUCACCUCGCUGGCCACGCAGGGCCGCUUCGGCAACGGCCAGGGCCGCGAGUUCGCCGAGGAGUUCAUGGUGGAGUACUGGAGGCCCGGGCUGCACAAGUGGCUGCGCUACCGAAACAGGACACACCACGAGAUCUUCGAGGGCAACACCAACACGUACACGGAGGUGCGGCGCACCCUGGACCCGCCCGUGAUCGCCUCCAAGGUGCGCGUGGUGCCCUACAGCAGCAUCCUGCGCACGGUCUGCAUGCGCAUCGAGCUCUACGGCUGUCCCUGGACGCAGGGAAUCCUGUCCUACUCAAUACCGCAAGGUGAGCGCCGAGGCACGGACGUCGACCUGUCCGACGCAACCUACGACGGCAUCAAGGACGACAGCUACUUGCACGGCGGCCUCGGACAGCUCACCGACGGCGUCGCGGGCAGCGAAAACUUCAAGCUCGAUGUUUCGGGAUACGGCAAAGGGUACGAGUGGGUCGGCUGGCGCAACGACUCGCUGCACUCUCAGCCACUCGAGCUGGUCUUCGAGUUCGACACGGUGCGAAACUUCUCGGCCGUGUUCCUGCACUGCAACAACAUGCACACCCGCGACGUUCAGCCGUUUCGCGCGGCGCGACUCUCGUUCAGCGUGGGUGGAAAGCACUACCUGGGUGAACCGCAGCACUUCAACCUGAUGCCGGGUCUGUUCAACGAGAAGACACGCAACGUCACCAUCCGGCUGCACAACCACGUGGGUCGCUUCGUCAAGCUACAGCUUGAGUUCGCCGCCAAGUGGCUGCUCCUCAGCGAGGUCUCCUUUACCUCCGUACCCGCCGUGGGCAACUUCAGCGAGGAGGAGGCCCCCGCGGCGCCCCCAAUCGUGAGCACAGCCAUGAGCGAGGACCCCAUGUCCAAGCAGUACGUGGGACUGGUCAUCGGUGUGCUGGCCGCCGUCAUCCUGCUCCUGGUGCUGGUCAUAUUCAUCAUCGUGGCGCGCAACAGGCGCCGGAAGCACAGCACUCCACACGCCAUCCUCAAGCCACUCGACAGCCGCGUCACCAUCAACAUGAAGGAUCUUGCGUUAGCCUAUUCCCCCCAGUACGUGGCACGGGAAGCUAAUGGGAAUCUUUAUGGCCAGGUCGCCCUUGAGGACCCAGAUCCUGACAAGCUGCUGUACCAUGAACCCCAAGAUUUUAAGCCCAUCUACCCAGGAACCUACAGUAACGAAUCAACAACGUCCCGCGAGUACGCGGUGCCCGACAUGAACAAGAGCCCCGUGCUGGGCUCGCACAAGUCGUCACCGUUUCCGCAGACGAAGCCGCCGCCCCCGCCGGCCGCUGAACAGUAUUACGCUGCCACCGAUGUCGUCGUAAGCCUGCCCAAUAUACAGGGUGUGAGCGGCAACACCGUUUACUCUGUGCCGACGCUGGACCUGUCAUCGGCCGAGGAGAAUUCGGGAGGCGCCACACUGCCGCCCGUGCGGGAAGUGCCCCGGCACAGAAUCCGCUUCAUUGAGAAACUCGGCGAGGGGCAGUUCGGAGAGGUGCACCUGUGCGAGGCCGAGGGCAUUCCCGAGCUCGUGGACGUGCCGGUCAGUUUUGGCACCAAGACACUGGUCGCCGUGAAGACGCUACGCAAGAACGCCACCGAGCACGCGCGCGCCGAUUUCCUGAAGGAGGUGAAGAUAUUGUCCCGGCUUCGUGACCCCAACAUCGUGCACGUAUUGGGUGUGUGCACAAGGGACGAGCCGCUCACCAUGGUGGUCGAGUACAUGGAAAACGGAGACCUGCACCAGUUCCUGCAACACCACCUGCCCGACACGUUUGCACCACCUAUCGCCAACAACGUGCUCAGCUACGGAAGCCUCAUCUACAUGGCGACACAGAUAGCAUCAGGAAUGAAGUACUUGGAGUCACUCAACUUCGUACAUCGGGACCUGGCGACGCGCAACUGUCUGGUCGGCAACGCGUUCACCAUAAAGAUAGCCGAUUUCGGCAUGAGUCGGCAGCUGUACGCCUGUGACUACUAUCGUAUCGAAGGCCGUGCCAUGCUGCCGAUCCGAUGGAUGGCCUGGGAAAGCGUACUCAUGGGCACCUUCACGACCAAGAGCGACGUUUGGGCAUUCGCCGUCACCCUGUGGGAGAUUCUGACAUUUGCACGCCAGCAGCCGUUCGCCUCCCUGAGUGAUGAGCAGGUUAUCGAGAACGUGAGCCAUUUCUACCACAACGACGGCCUGCAGACGCACUUGCCACAGCCGCCAAAUUGCCCCCGUGAGAUCUACGACCUGAUGCGCGAGUGCUGGCAGCGCAACGACUCGGAGAGGCCAAACUUUAGGGAAAUCCACCUCUUCCUCCAGAGGAAGAACCUCGGAUACACCCCAGAGUCGUGAACGGUCGCCCGCUUACCUGGCCUCGCCCCGUCGCGCGCCGCAGGCACCGGCAUCGCGUCACGGCGCAAGCAGGCCCGUCGUACCCCAAGAAACCCUUCCUUCGUGGACCGUUUGUCUCCGACUCCCUGCAGACAUCGCGUUUCUCGCGAGCAAGCGCCAUUUUCACCGUGAUUGUGGGACGUCGCAAAUGUGUACUUUCUCACGAGACGCCGUGCGCAAAUCACGCUGGCACGAAUCCGAGAACGGAAAAGCACGAAGAUUCGGCGCCAGAAACAUUGUCGCUAAGCAAGCUUUUGUGUCGCCAGAUCUUUGCGGAUAUUCAUCACUCGCGAUCGGAAGGGGGUUACCAUGCCCGUGGACUCCAUGAAUUGAGGUGGCUAAUGCAGGCAAGAUCGAGUGCCCGCGGAGGCUGAUGAGCUUAUAUUUGGGCUUAGCAGCAUGCACGUGCUCGAUAACCUGCCUACUACACGGAUUUGUAAAAUGCCCGAAUACCCUGAUUCCCUGAAGGCAAGUGUGCUCUGCUGAACUUUCCGAUGUGGAUUCUCGACGAAGAAGAAGCAAGAAGGCACCACUUCGCCAGCUUGGAAUUGAGCUCCGUGCCUGCACUGAGCCACAGGCGCCUUGGUGGCAGUCUGUUGACACGAAGUCCCUCGCCGCUUCCCCAUUUGUGCCAUGAGACUUUUCCCCUCCCUCCUCCCCUUGUGACUCUACUGGGCACGUGAACUGCUUACCUUCCUUUGUACAUACGACCAACCAAAGUAUAGUAAUGCCUACGUGAAGCACUCCAGAAGAGGACGCAUUGCGUCGUAUAAAUACACUCUGCCCAGGCUGUAAUAUUUGAGUGGAUUUUGAUGUGCACGUACUUAUAGAUACACCAUGCUUUUGUGUUGUUGGUAAACACUUUGUCAAGUGCAACUAGUGUCACUAAAAGCUAGUUCCUUUAUUCUGCAAUGGAAUUGUUGUGUGAGUUGCCAUACACAUCUAGCUUUGGAAUGCAUCUUGAUGAAAUACUUUGUAUAUGCUUGAUCAAGGCACGAUGCAUGUUAAAAAUGAAACUGUCUUUAUCCAGUAAUCUGCUUGUCUUGUUAUUCUCUUGUACCUAUGUCUGUGAAAAAACAUGGUAAAGGUUGAGCAACUCAUUGUCAUGCCAUUUGUUGGCCUGCUUCGGACAACAACUGAGGUCACAUUUACUUUCUUUUUUGCCCAUCUUCCAUGUGAUAACGUGCUCAACCCCUGUACAGAUUUUUCCUCGAGACCAUGGCAAUAUUUCAGACUUGACUAAUCUGCCCUUAUUUAUAUACAUGAUUGUGAAAGUCUGACGAUAUAUCUAGCGAGGACAAAUGGCCUCAUGUUUGAAAAACCAAGCGAUGCAGAACUGAGGAGACCAUGUUGUAUGAAAUAAAGUGUUGUAGGUUCACCUGUAGACAAUACAAUUCCUGAUGAAGCUGUGUGCGAGAAAGCAAUACGAGUUUUAAUUAUUAUUUGCAGUAUUGCUUCAACUUUCAAUAUCGAUGGAUCUACGAUAAAUGUGGCCACCUAAGGAGUCAUUCUCCUUAACGAAAACAAACGUAGAUUUAAAGCUAGCCAGUCCCUCCUGUUUACUGUUAUUUUUAUGUUUGCCCUUCCACAUCAAAAUUUACUAUUACUGUUUCAGAUGUUUUAAUGAUUGUGACUCGAGCCAGAAAGGUUAGUUUUUGCUUCCUUGUUUUCCUGCCUCCAAUACCAUUCUGCACAAGCGCAGUUGUCAGUUGUUGAAAUUAUGUAACAAGACCAGAAGAGAAAAAAAUUCUGCCUCCAUGA